AUGGCGCCGGCCGACUCUCCUUGUUGCCCCAGUGGUUCCAACUCGAGCUCGAGCUCUCGACGCUCGAGCUGGGCGGCUUUACUGCAAAAAUAUGAAGACGCAAUGGAAUAUCGCGAUGACGACGCCAUGUCUGAUGUUGAUCACGAUCAAGUUGCCGCACAAAUGUCCCAGCUUGGUAUUGAGGAAACCAGUGUUCCCGCGUCUGGAGGGAGAGUCAACAACCCUCAGCUUCAGACUAUUGUCGAAACCAUGUCUCUGAAUACUGCCAUCCAGGUGCCUCAGGUUACCAUUGAUGGCAGCAGUGUCCAGGUAACAGAUUCGGAGAGCCAUGAACAGCUCAAACCUCAUGGCCCAUUCUAUAAAUGGAUGCGAACGAUACAUCGCCGAGCUCGGCAUCGAUCCACGCUGUCGGACGGAAGCAUCAACUCUCUGCGACCGCGACUUGAGCCGGAAAUUCGUAGCCGCACAUCUGCUUGGAAGAGAUCACACCAUAGACAGUCGUCCUCUGGGUCUUCGUUUGCCUUUGUUUCGGCGGUUCGGAGUGCUAGUGCCAGUCUCGCCAGUGUCAGCGCUGUGGCACGAUCACGAAAGACUAUCACACGCUCGCAAGGCUUCUCUGUAACGGAACGUAGCAGCAGAGCCUCCAUGACAGGGCCUCGUGCAUCGGAAGACAGUAGCUUCUUAGAGAGCCACUCUUUGGCCGACCUGGCCGCUAUAGAAAGAUCAUUGCAACGACGAAAAGUACUAGAAGAGCUUAUCAGUACAGAGGAAGGUUACAUUGGUGAUAUACGAUUUCUCAUGAAUGUAUAUGUCACAAUCUUAGCGGCGUUGCCUUCCAUUUGCGUUGGGCUACGGUCAUCCAUCAACCAAAACUUGACCGAGAUUGUUAAAUUACACGAGCAACUACUUGGCGAACUUCACAGGGCAGUUCCACACUCUGAAUACACACAAAUCAACAUAUCUCCUACGCUAUCCCCAUUUGCAAAUCCCAAGUAUCUCCAUGCCAAUAGUCACAGACGCUGGUCCAGUCUCGGCGCCGUACCCGAGCAGAAUAUGAAAGCAAAGUGGCUCUUGAAGGCCCCGGGUAUGCUGGCCGAUCCGCAGGUGGCAGCAGAGGUCGCCAAAGUCUUUGCGAAGAAGAUAAACAUGCUCUUCAUAUAUGAAGAAUAUGGGGCAACAUAUGAAAUGAUGAUCAAAGACAUCGGUGCAGCCCAGCAAGCCAUGCCCAAUUGGGAAACGUAUCAGAAAGGCCUCGAGGCCUUGGCUAUGGCGCUGGGAUCCUCCAAGGAUAGCGAAGAAGGGGUGAAAAAGGCUCUUACAAUCAACGAUCUCCUUGUCAAGCCUAUACAAAGAAUCUGCAAAUACCCUCUACUGUUCUCUGAACUCCUUAAGUGCACCCCAAUAUCAGACUGUCCGAAUUCACACAUGGAAAUUGACAACACUCUGACACGGCUUCGCGAAGCAACGUCGGAAAUCAACCGGGCAUCGAACAAUGAAGGGAUAAAGUCUACUCUCGAAAAAACAUGGAUUCUUCAAGAUAGAUUAGCCUUUCCGGACAGGAAACUUGACGCCGUUUCAAAAAAGCAGAUACGGUCAUUCGGUCACAUUCAUCUUUGUGGAGUGCUUCACGUCUGUUGGCAAACCAAUGAUGGAGUGGACGGGCAGUAUUUUAUAUGUCUGCUUUACCGUCAUGUUCUUUGCCUUGCUUCUGCAGGCAAGGUCGAUCCGAUAUACACCAUCAUGGCCUGUAUCAACAUUGAUGAUAUCAGAAUCGAGGAGGUGGACAAUGGGAGAGGAAUACAAUGCCACACUGCGCCAUUUUCUUGGAAACUGGUAUUUGAGUGCGAUCAUCAGUUGUGCGAGCUAAUCAUGACAGCUUGCACGCCUAAAGAAGAAAUGGAGUGGAAAUCAAGACUGGCUCGUCCAGCAAGAGAAGAUCAAGAGUUGAGGUCGCCGGAUAUUUUUAGUUCGUUGCAUAUCAACGUAAAAAGCUUGGGGACCGUUUUUGGGAAGCCAGGAACGCUCGCCCGACGGAUAUCGAUACAAAGGGCUACUACUGUUGGAGCAGCCAGGCCGCCGCUAUGCCAAGUCAUUUUGAAAAAUACAAAUGUGCUGCGGGAUCAUAGCAGCAACUCGUCUACUGCCUUGGCUGUCAAUCGAUCUCAUUCUUUGUUAGCAACUACUAUCAGAAUACCGGUGCUUGCACCGCCAAGAGGCGAGAGGGCCCGGCUAGAGGCGCUCCUAUCAGACGUAUGGAGCAGAGAGGUCCUCCCGUUUCCUAGAAUGACGGUGAAGUCUCGAGGUGAAAACCUAGUUCGAAGCUCGGCAUCUACGGUCAUCAGAAAGCUCAGCGUGGCCAGCUUUGCAAGCUCCUUUACAAAGAGGUCAGCCUCUUCAACACAGAAAAACCACCCAAGCGAAAAUACCACGAUGGAAACAACCAAGCGUUGGGACAUCAAAAAUCCAGGGGAGCCGCCUUUGCCCGAUGAUGUUAGUCUAGGAGAAGAGUCAGGUAGAAAAGCGAAAAGGCAGCGGACUACUAAGGAGGGAGCUGCAACAACAACAACACCAGCACGGAGCAUGAAAAAGGCUACAGGAAGCGUUCGGCGGCGCGAAGUUCGAGGUAAUAAGAUCCCAAAGCGGGGCAUUGCCAGCGAUAUACAUGACAUCCCUACUCGCAUGGCAUCCACAAAUAUUUCCCUGCCAAUAAAGUCGGCCAGCUCGAGGGUCACGAUGCCUCUUCCUGUUGACAUGGAGAAUACAAGAAAAUCGUCUACAGAAAAGAUUCGAAACUUGGGUUUAUGGUCCAAAAUCGGUGGAGGGAGGAAUGACGCACCAAGCAGCUUCAAAAGGCUGCUCACAAUCGGCAGGGAUUAA